AUGGACCCUGCAACUGUGCCCUUGGAAGAGGACCGACCUGAGGAGGACUUCAAAGACGUGAAACCCUCUCAGGCUCAGGAAGAUGUCACGCCUGCAUUGCCUCCUGUGAGAGUGGUGAAUCUUGUGCUUGAUCACUUUGCAUUCGUGAGAGGCAUUGGAAACGUUAAGAGAUGGUUCAACAAAGAGUACAUUGAAAGCAUGUUGGCUGAUAAGGCCGACGCCAGGGUUUUACUCAACAUCUACAUUCCAACUUAUACGCUUCACGAGUUUGACUUUGCUAAGAAGGGUACUUCCAUCACGGCUUCCAACGCCAGAGAUGCUCUUAAGCUAAUUGAUGAGGUGCUUGAUGAAGAGCAGGCUGUGCCUAGCUUUGGUCCAGAUGGCGAAGAAACUGCUGUUCCAGAAAGACCUAAGCUCACCUAUAACUUACUCAUUGAGCAGAGGAACCCUAGCUAUCCUAACUGGGAGAGGUGUCUCAAGUACCAGAUCCAAGCUCCAAAGGUGAAGGAUUUUCCUUACCAUAAAACUAAGCUUGCAAACACGGUUUUGGGACGUCCGAAAGCUGCGGAUGUUGAAGAGGAAAAGAAAGAAGCUGAAGAAACGGCUUCUGUUCCUCCUCGUUUGAAGCACUUGAUUCGCUCGUGCGUUUAUAAGAAGUACAUCGACCCAUUCCACCCAGAGUUUGAGUUGAACAACGGAGCACAAUGGAAGUUGGUCACUGAAGAUUCUGUUACAAAGGUUUGGUUGAACAGCUUUGGCAUUGACUGCUUAAAUGUCAAUGAAGCAGAGCUUCUCAUAUUCCAGUCUGAAGAUGUCACUGGCUUCAACCUCCAAGCGCCUGGCCAAGACUUCAACUCUCAGAAAGAUAGAUUUGAUUCUGUGGAUCGUGGCAUUUUGCAUCAAUGGGUGGAUACCACCAAGUACGGGUACCUGGGCGUUGGAGGAGACAAACGCAGGAAGCCUAAGAAGGGUAAGGCCAAAGAAACAUCUCCCGACGAUGAGAAGAAAGCUAUUGGACCUGUGAAUCCGGAUACCGUGAAGGAGGAGAAGUUUGGUCAAAUCAACUAUGCCCCUCGUGUCAAGCCUGCUGGAAGACAGCUCUACGUUCCUAAGAAGUAA